AUGUCAUGGAAUUGCUGUGAAACUCCCUGGUAGGUAAUGUAUUCGUUAGCUUUGCCAGCUAACUUAGCUACAGUACCAGUUUGUACAGAUAUGUAUUAAUUUGUUAGGAAUCUGUCUGUGUGCUAAUUUUGGUUAGUUAGCUAGCUGAUUAGCAAACGUUAGCAAGCUAGUUUGUUAACUAAUGUUAACGUUAUCUAACAGACCCGAAGUAGCUGCUAGUUAGCGAGAAGCGAGCUAGGUGUGGAUUAUGUUAGGCCAGGGUGUCUGAUCCAGAAUGUGAAUAUGCCUCUUGUCGUUUGUUUAACAGGAUAUGGCAGAUUUGAGAUGUCGGAAAACAUUGGUAAAGGAGAGUGAGGAGGAACACCAGCAAUGUGAAUCUGAACCUCACUCAGAAAAUAAUGUUACAGGUAGCCAACCACACUCAGUAGGUGACAAGAUACAACUGUAUGAUUUGGUGACCGCCAGGAAAUAAAAGUAUGUGGGUGAAGCUGUAAUGUAUUCCUUUUCUUUUACCAGUGGACAAGGUUAGUUUGAAGGAGAAGUGUUUGGAGGACACAGAUGGAGCUGUCUGUGGGGCUCAGGAGAAAGAGGAGGAAAAGAAGGAUGAAGAUGAAAAGGAGGCAGACGGUCAGAAGCCCUCUCCUGUCAAAAGAACCCAGAGUGCCUGCAGAUGUGAGUGGAUCUCUUAUUUACUCACUGGAAGGGUAUGGAUGGAGCCUCUCACUGAUUCAUCUCUUUCACCAGAUUCUUCCUCCCAAUGCUAUGCGCAAAUAGCCUGGGGACGAGGUUACUCACUCACUGACACAAUCACACAGUAAAAGAUGUGGGUGAGUGUGUGCGACUUUUGUAUGACAAUAACGUGAUGUUCAAACGUACUCUACCCCCACUCCACAGCAGUUAUGCUUCAGCGGCUAGUGAAGCUGUUCUUCGGAUGCCUGGCAGCAGUAACAUGUGGCAUGAUGUAUGCUGUGUAUCUCUACACCUACCACGAGAGGAAGUUCUGGUUUUCAAGCAGACAGGUGGGUAGCACUAGCCUGGCAUGGGAAGGAGUGGAAUGAUAGCCUACAGCGGUGGUCACCAACCGGUCCAUCAUGAUUGACUGGUCGAUCUCCAAGGCAUUCCUAGUUGAUCGCCAAACAUUUCUGUAAAAAAAAAGAAAAAAAAUCCUUGCGUUCCUAUUUUUUGUAUUCGCUUCGCCCUGUUGGCGGUAGGUCCACUUGAUUCAGCAGCCCUAGCGCCAGGAAGGCAAAGUGUUCCCAUUUUGAACCAUUUCAUGUGUCUGAAGGUAGAACUCCGCCUACCCGGCAGGCCAAGAGAGCAAAUCAAGUGCACCUAUAGUUCUGCCGCUGGUCAAUCAGAUAACUCAGAUCACCGUGUUUGCACAGUUUCCUCGAACCUUAGACUGGAAGAAGAAGCCUCGCCCAGCAAAGUUGAUGCUGAGAUUUCAAAACUUUUAAAACCAUGAUUAGAGAGAGACUCAACGAAUACAGCAAAGACCUGCUAUUUUUGUGUGUGUGAGUUAAUGUUUAAGUUGUUAUUCGGCACUGUCAACACUUUGUUCAACACCUUUUAUAAGCCAUAAAAUGAUUAUUCUCCCUACUUCCACACUCUACAACCAGCACUGCAGCUGCAAUGACUGAGUAUAGCAAAGUGUUCCGAUAAGCUUGCGUUAUUAUUAGUGGCUUGUGUCUUUUUUUAUAUUGAGGAAAAUUUCACUUUCUCUGAUUAUAGGAGUAACAACAUGAAUUGGUGCAUGAGGCAGAAAUAAUGCAGUGCGAGUUGAGUUUAGCCAUCGGCUGGAAGACUGUGUCCCCUCAGCGGGUGGAGGGACGGUGAGUCGGGUGAGAGGCAGCCUCACCGCUGCUCCCUCCCUUCCCUCAGACUGACCAUCAGAUGCAGGCCAUCAGUCCAGUAAAAAAACAAAGAAGCAAAUUAUUAUGCUCACUUAGCUGUGCCUCGCAAGUAAUACAACAAAUGAUCCAUUACCAAUGUGAUCAUAUACCAAUUUUAUUUUUUAUUUUUGUUAUAUAUAUCUGAGAAGAACAACAUUGGCAGGGCAAUUCAAGCAUAGCCAAUAUGCAGUGAUAAUGUAUUGGGCCUAUAGCCUACUGCACAAACCUCAUUGCUACAGAACUGUUUUUAAUUGGUUAAUGUUGCAUAAGCUUAUGUUUUUUAAGUCAUGUUUAAUACAAAUCUGAGCAGUAGAUCUCGGCUUGCAUUUUGACUCAAAGUGAUCUUGACUCAGUAAAGGCUGGUUACCACUGGCCUACAGACUAGUAACCAGGCUAGGGUAGCGCUGCGUCUUCCGCCAUCCAUUUGUCUCAGCCUGACAGUUGUUCUCUCUUCCUGUCCUGUCUCGUUCUCUCUUCCUGUCUGAUAAACCGUUAGAUAAGGGCAAGGUGUUAACAGGAAUAUGAACAGUGCUUACCCUGCCUUUUUGUGUUUAUUUUGUAUCAGGAGCUGGAACGGGAAAUCACCUUCCAGGGUGGCAGUGGACUCUACUAUUACUACUACAAACACAUGUUGACAGCACCCUCCUUUGAAAGUGGUAAUAGCCUAAUCUUGCCCCAAACAUGCCAGUAUCCAAUACAUAUCAGUGGUUUUGAUAUCCAAACCUAAGACAGCCUGCCUCACCCAGUCACAGUUCUACUGUAACACUAUCAUGCCAUACUGUUAAUACAUUUACAUUUACGUAAUUUAACAGACGCUCUUAUCCAGAGCGACUUACAGGAGCAAUUAGGGUUAAGUGCCUUGCUCAAGGGCACAUCGACAGAUUUUUCACCUAGUUGGCUCGGGGAUUAGAACCAGCGACCUUUCGGUUACUGGCACAACGCUCUUAACCACUAAGCUACCUGCCGCCACCAAUACAAUACAUCUAUGGUUUUCAGUGAUCAUCAUCAUCCUCUUUAUUAUUUCUGUGUUAUGGAUUUUUUGUUUUUCUGCUCUAGGGAUAUACGAGUUGACGAGAGACAACAGGACUGUGUCUGGUCAGACCAUCAAUGUAGUGGAGCGCCUGUCUCUGUACCCAGAACUUGUCACGAGUCUGCUCUAUAGAGUCACAGGAAGCCAGGUCAGUCCACCACCCAGAGAUAAUCUCUUUCCCUUGAUCAAAAAGAUCUGACAUGAACCUCUGGUUUUUGGCUGCAUGGCAACUUGCGUUAGUUGACGCGCUGCCUACCCACAACCUGCAGUCUUAUCACCCAUAGAGAUGCUGGUGAUGUACUCUGUGUGUGUCUGACUGGUAUGGUUUCCUCCACCCUGCAGGAUGUAAUAGAGCCAGUAUACUUCUACAUCGGGGUGGUGUUUGGCCUCCAGGCGGUCUACGUCACUGCCCUCUUCGUGUCCAGCUGGGUGAUGAGUGGCACCUGGGUGGCUGGCAUGCUGGCCGUGGCCUGGUAUGUCAUCAACCGGUGAGUGGGAGAUGGACACAGUCGGACACAAUGUCUGCGUCCCUAUUCCCUUCGGUGUGCACUACUUUUGACCAGGGCCCUAUGAUGCAGGCUAUGUCUGUAUCCCCAUUCUCCUGCCUUUUCCAGAAGUGUGCACUUGUACCCUCCCUGUCAUGGAUUUAAAAGCAUAGGAGUGUUGUAAACACUGGCUGGAGGGUAGUUUCCACCAUUGUUAAAUCCAUGAGAGCAAGUGUAAGUGUGUUGAAUCAGGACACAGCCAUUAUCACCCGAGCCAUGGCCCUUCUCCCCGCUUCCGUCACUCAGACGCGGGCAGUACAAGAGCAUCAUGGCUAAAACUAACAGACUGACCAAUAGCUUCUACCCCCAGACCAUCAGGCUGCUGAAUAGCCACCACUGGUCAGCUACCUGCUCGCCCUGUCCCCCUCCUGCCCCUGUCCCCCUCCUGCCCUGGUCUUCCUAGGCAUUUAGAGAUUACAACAUACCUUGUUUUAAUUCUCUCACUGUUCAUUCAUUUUCUCCCCAGACCAGACACGACCAAAGUGGACUAUGCAAUUCCUCUGCGGGACAACUGGGCCUUGCCUUAUUUCUCCUGCCAAGUUGCAGCCUUAACAGGAUUCCUGAGUAAUAACAUUAACUCUGCCACAGAGGUGAGCUCCCUUUGCAUUUUGCUCCAAAUGUAAUUACUUUUUAAACACCUAGGUAAUUGGAGUACGGGAGAGGAAUAGAGUGAAAAAAGAAAGAAUGGCGCCAAAGUGGAUGGCUGCUGUUUUACGGGCUCCUAACCAAUUGUGCUAUUUUUGUGUAUUUUUUUCGCAUUGUUUGUAACUUAUUUUCUACAUAAUGUUGAUGCUACCGUCUCUUAUGACUGAAAAGAGCUUCUGGAUAUCAGAACAGCGAUGACUCACCUCAAACUGGACAAAGAUUUUUUUCUUUAAUGAGUCUGACGAGAAGGAUUUCAUGUUGCUCCCAGUAAUGAAAUACAGGGGGCGGAGAUCAGGGUGCCUUGUGAUAAUUAGUCGGCGAGUGGGUAACCCGCCUCUACCAUCCGUUCUAUUAGCCAACGUGCAAUCACUGGAGAAUAAACUGGAGAGCUCCGUUCGAGACAACGGGACAUUAAAAACUGUAAUAUCUUAUGUUUCACCGUGUCGUCACGACUCACGACCGUUUGCUGGGUUUUCCGUGCAUCGGCAGGACAGAACAGCUACAUCCGGUAAGACGAGGGGUGGGGGUGUGUGUCUAUUUGUCAAUAACAGCUGGUGCGCGAUAUCCAAUAUUAAGGUAGUCUCGAGGUAUUGCUCGUCUCAGGUAGAGUACCACAUAAUAAGCUGUAGACCACACUAUCUACCAUUUUUAUACCACACUAUGUAUAUUUUUCGUAACUGUCGAUUUACCACCACAAACUGAUGCUGGCACUAAUACCGCACUCAACGAGCUGUAUAUGGCCAUAAGCAACGAAGAAAAUGCUCAUCCAGAAGUGGCGCUCCUAGUGCCCGGGGACUUUAUUGCAGGCAAACAGAGGAAAAAAUUACUCUAGACCACCUUUACUCCACACACAGAGACGGGUACAAAGCCCCUUUAACUUUUCCACAUUUUGUUAUGUUACAGCCUUAUUCUAAAAUAGUUUAAAUAUAUAUUUUUUCAUCAAUCUACACACAAUACCCCAUAUUGACAAAGCAAAAACAGGUUUUGUAUAAAAUAAAAUAAAAAUGACAUUUACAAAAGUAUUCAGACCCUUUACUCAGUACUUUGUUGAAGAAACGUUGGCAGCGAUUGCAGCCUCGAGUCGUCUUGGGUAUGACGCUACAAGCUUGGCACACCUGUAUAUGGGGAGUUUCUCCCAUUCUUCUCUGCAGAUCCUCUCAAGCUCUGUCAGGUUGGAUGGAGAGCGUCGCUGCACAGCUAUUUUCAGGUCUCGAGAUGUUCGUCCGGGCUCUGGCUGGGCCACUCAAGGACAUUCAGAGACUUGUCCCAAAGCCACUCCUGCAUUGUCUUGGCUGUGUGCUUAGGGUCGUUGUCCUUAGGGUCGUUGUUGGAAGGUGAACAUUCGACCCAGUCUGAGGUCCAGAGCAGGAAUUCUCUAUACUUUGCUCCGUUCAUCUUUGUUCGAUCCUGACAUGAUACUGCCGCCACCAUGCUUCACCGUAGGGAUGGUGCCAGGUUUCCUCCAGACGUGACGCUUGGCAUUCAUGGCAAAGUGUUCAGUCUUGGUUUCAUCAGACCAGAGAAUCUGAGAGUUUUGGUGCCUUAUGGCAAACUCCAAGCUGGCUGUAAUUUGCCUUUUACUGAGGAGUGGCUUCCGUCUGGCCACUCUACCAUAAAAGCCUGAUUUGCGGAGUGCUGCAGAGAUUGUUGUCCUUCUAGAAGUUUCUCCAUCUCCACAGAGGAACUCUGGAGCUCUGUCAGAUUGACCAUUGGGGUCUUGGUCACCUCCCUGACCAAGGCCCUUCUCCCCCAAUUGCUCAGUUUGGCCGGGCGGCCAGCUCUAGGAAGAGUCUUGGUGGUUCCACAUUUCUUCCAUUUAAGAAUGAUGGAGGCCACUUUGUUCUGGGGGACCUUCAAUGCUACAGAAAUUUUUGGGGACCCUUCCCCAGAUUUGACUCCAAGUUGUAGAAAAAACUUUAGGAUGAUCAAUGGAAACAGGAAGCACCUGAGCUCAAUUUCGAGUCUCAUAGCAAAGGGUCUGAUUACUUAUGUAAAUAAGGUAUUUUGGUUUUUAUUUUUAAUACAUUUGCAAAAAUUUAUAAAAAACAGUUUUCACUUUGUCAUUACGGGGUAUUGUGUGUCGAUUGAUGAGGAAAAAAUAUAUAAUUUAAUCAAUUUUAGAAUAAUGCUGUAACGUAACAAAAUGUGGAAAAAGUAAAGGGGUCUGAAUACUUUCCAAAUGCACUGAAUAUAUCCCAACCAGAAGCCGUGUAUUAUUGGCAACAUCCGCACCGAGCUAAAGGCUAGAGCUGCCGCUUUCAAGGUGCGGUACACUAAUAAGAAAUGCUGCUAUGCCUUCAGACAAACCAUCAAACAGGCAAUGCGUCAAUACAGGACUAAGAUUUAAUUCUACUACACCGGCUCUGACGCUCGUCGGAUGUGGCAGGGCUUGCAAACUAUUACAGACUACAAAGGGAAACCUAGCUGCGAGCAGACCAGUGACACGAGCCUACCAGAUGGGCUAAAUGCCUUUUAUGCUCGCUUCGAGGCAAGCAACACUGAAACAUGCAUGAGAGCACCAGCUGUUCCGGACGACUAUGUGAUCACGCUCUCCAUAGCCGAUGUGAGCAAGACCUUUUAAAAGGGUCAACAUUCACAAGGGCGCGGGGCCAGACGGAUUACCAGGCUGUGUACUCCGAGCCAUGCGUGGACCAACUGGCAAGUGUCUUCACUGACAUUUUCAACCUCUGCCUGACCGAGUCUGUAAUACCUACAUGUUUCAAGCAGACCAUCAUUAUCCCUGUGGCCAAGAAAGCGAAGGUAACCUGCCUAAAUGAAUACCGCCCCGUAGCACUCACGACGGUAGCCAUGAAGUGCUUUGAAAGGCUAGUAAUGUCUCACAUCAACACCACCAUCCCAAACCCUAGACCCACUCCAAUUCACAUACCGCCCCAACAGAUCCACAGAUGACGCAAUCUCAAUCACACUCCACACUGCCCUUUCCCACCUGGACAAAAGGAACACCUAUGUGAGAGUGCUGUUCAUUGACUACAGCUCAGCGUUCAAUACCAUAGUGCCCACAAAGUUCAUCACUAAGCUAAACAACACAUCUGCCACGCUGAUCCUCAACACGGGGGCCCCUCGGGUGCGUGCUUAGUCUCCUCCUGUACUCCCUGUUCACCCAUGACUGCGUGGCCAAGCACGACUCCUCCAACACCAUCAUUAAGUUUGCUGACGACACAACGGUGGUAGGCCUGAUCACAGACAACGAUGAGACAGCCUAUAGGGAAAAGGUCAGAGACCUGGCAGUGUGGUGCCAGGACAAACUCUCCCUCAACGUGAGCAAGGCAAAGGAGCUGAUCGUGGACUACAGGAAAAGGAGGGCCGAACAUUCCCCCAUUCACAUCGACGGGGCUGUAGUGGAGCGGGUCACAUCACCAACAAACUAUCAUGGUCCAAACACACCAAGACAGUCGUGAAGAGGGCACGACAACGCUUUUUCCCCCUCAGGAGACUGAAAAGAUUUGGCAUGGGUCCUCAGAUGCUCAAAGUUCUACGGCUACACCAUCGAGAGCAUCCUGACCGGUUGCAUCACCGCCUGGUAUGGCAACUGCUCUGCAUACGACUGUAAGGCGCUACAGAGGGUAGUGCGUACCACCCAGUACAUCAUUGGGUCCAAGCUUCCUGCCGUCCAGGACCUAUAUACUAGGCGCUGUCAAAGAAAGGCCCAAAAAAUUGUCAGACUCCAGUCACCCAAGUUAUAGACUGUUCUUUCUGCUACCGUACGUCAAGCGGUACUGGAGCGUCAAGUCUAGGUCCAAAAGGCUCCUUAACAGCUUCUACCCCCAAGCCAUAAGACUGCUGAGCAAUUAAUCAAAUGGCCACCCGGACUAUUUUCAUUGACACCCCCACCACCCCCUUUGUUUUUACACUGCUGCUACUUGCUGUUUAUUAUCUAUGCAUUUUCACUUUACCCCUACUCCUGUACAUAUGACCUCGACUAACCUGUACCCCCGCACAUUGACUCUGUACCGGUACCCCCUGUAUAUAGCCUCAUUAUUGUUAUUUUAUUGUGUUACUUUUUAUUUUUUACUUUAGUUUAUUUAGUCAAUAUUUUCUUAACUCUAUUUUCUUAAAACUGCAUUGUUGGUUAAGGUCUUGUAAGUAAGCAUUUCACGGUAAGGUCUACACCUGUUGUAUUCGGCGCAUGUGACAAAUAGAAAUUGAUUUCAUAUGCUUUUUUAGCGCUUUCAAUUGAAUUGAUUUAAAAGCUGUAAACUCAUCAGUAUGUGUGUGGAAAUAUGGAAUAUAGAGAUAUUCUAAGUGUGUCUUUGAAAGCUCUUCAUCAUACCCCAUGUUGGAUUCACCUUAUUGGUAAUAUUGACAUGAUGGCUCUCCCCUCUGUGUUGUAGAUGUUCUGUUACCUCCUGAUGAGUGCCACCACCUUCAUCUUCAUCCUGGUGUGGGAGCACAGUCACUACGUGCUCUUCAUCCAGGGCCUGGCCCUGUUCCUGCUUGACUCCUUUGACCUGGUGCCGCCCCGCAAGGUACUGACUUACUGCCAUCAAAAGUUAUUGUGAUAUUUUGAAGACCUAUUUGCUGACUUGAAAUGCUGACUUCCGUCUUCAUGGUUGUUGCAGAUUAAACAUUUGCUUUACGGAUAUUUUGGUGUGAUAAAAUGUCUAAUUAUUCAGUCAAUUGGAUCUCUUUCUCUCUCUCUCUCUCUCUCUCUGUGUGAUUGACAAGAUGGCUGACAUUCACAAGGUGUACCUGAGCUCUCUGCUCCUGGCCUAUGUCCUCCAGUUCCAGAACCCAGCCCUGCUCAGCUCCCCUCUGCUCAGCCUCCUCAUCAGCUCUGUGCUCGCGAGGUACUUCCAGGUAGAGAUAGCUUCUCACUCACUCUGUGGAACCAAAUGGAAGUUAACUUACAGCUCCAAAGCCUAAUUUCCACCUUUCACACAAAAUGAUGACACAAAAUGAUGAAAUAUUGAACGUUUUCAGCAAAACAUGAAGAUGGGCCCCCUAGUGGCCAGACUGAUAAAGAUCUUUCUGCAUUUCUACCUUUGCUUCACCACCGGGAUCACUUUCAGCUAUGUGGUCAAGGUGAGAGUCCCUGAGUUUAGGUUCAGUUUCAUCAAUAUUGUAACAUUGAUUAAAUAUGGGAAUGUACCCUCUGUGGAUGUGUAUCUGGAAGGAAAUUGCAAUAUCUGAUUAACAAACACACCACAUAUUGUAUUAGAUGGGAUUUCAUUUGACAAAUCAAUAUUUGAAUAUAAUAUGCUUCUAAUUUGAUUUCCAGCGACUAAUGCCAGUCAGUGAGAGUGAUUUCAUUUUGAAAUUUCUUGAAGUGAAAUUCGGACUCAACACAACAACGUGAGUUCAACACUUUCAAACUUAGAACUGACCCAAAUAUUUGGCAUUCAGCAAUAAGACAAAGAUAAGGUCAUUCUAGUGUAAGUGGCCUGUAAGUCUUAAACUUCAGUUUACUUCAGUAUGCAUGUAGUAAUAUUAAGUGUUCAAUCAUAAUGUUAACUAGCAAUGAACAACAUUAAAUAUAAAAUAUUCACUAAAUAUUGAAUGGUUUCUCUUCCUCAGAGACUUUGUGACCAACCGGCUCCUGUGUCAAGAAUGCUUCCAGACGCCCAGUCAGGACUUUUUCCUGCGGCUGACCCAAGCAUCAGUCCUGCCUUUCUACUUACUGGUCCUCCUCAUCUGUCUCAUAUCAACACUGCAGACCAUCUACAGGAGGCUCAGGUUAGAAACUACACGUAGUAGACGGCAAGAGAAGCUGUUGUUUUGUGUUCUCAUAAUAUGGUAGGUUUGAAAUAGGAAGGUUUUUGUAUGACUGUUCAGUAAUUCCUGUAUCUCCAUAGUAACAGUGGUGAGCCAAUGAAAACAAACCUCCGACUCGAAGAUGGACGAAUAGGAGAGCAACCAGAGGUCGUCUACCAUGUUUUCCACACAAUUCUGUUUGGGGCCCUCGCUAUGUCCUUUGAGGGGUAUGUUCCAAAAUGAUUCAGGCGUACUUGCUAUAUAACCUGUCAGAUCAGCAAAAAAAUGUCUGUCCUUGUUCACGUGUUGUUCAACUAUGGAUUGAUUCUCCCACAGGAUGAAGUAUUUGUGGACCCCAUACGUCUGCAUGUUCACAGCGUUUGGUGUGUGUUCUCCAGAGCUCUGGAUGACUGUGUUCAGGUGGCUGAGGCUGAAGUCCAUCCACCCUGUAGUACUGGUGAGAGAGGCAUUUUUUUCCAUUCAGUUAGCUCCAAGCGCCACAACUUCUACUCUUUAA